GCGUAUCACGCGAAGAAACUAGUGAGCGAUCUGCAGAGAGCGAGACAACGGAAGACAAAGUAACGCAGGGAAGUAGCGACAGGACAUGAGCGGGACUGCACUACACACGGCGGAUCGGUACUCAUUACAUGUGGUAGGGAGACUGGACGGACCAUUAGUGUUAGUGAUCAUAGAACUUCAGCUCCAUACCAAACUGUACAUAGUUGAGGAGGCAGAGUGUGUCCGCCGCGCGCUGCGUGAGGCUAGGGGAAGAGGACUUUGGAUUGGAAUAGAAGGAGGACGGAGGAUAAAAUACGUACUCCAAGUGACACCUUUCGAAGGGCGGUCUCGGAUAAGGGCAUGGUACGAGACGACCAGAGAGGCUGAGAGGUUGAAGAUAAGCGAAGCCAGGAAAGCGGGAGAGUUAGGGAGAGUUGUAACAGAUGGUGCAAUACUCAGGGUGUUAGCCGCUCAUGACCGGUACUGGAAAGAAUCGAUAAAGACUUUAGAGGCGAUAGAGGAUGGUGGAGAUAAGGAGGACUUUGAGAUAUUUUAUGACAUAUUGGAGCGGUCGGCGAUGAGGGGCUAUGGUAUCACAAAAUAUCUGGAGAAGUGGAAGCUUCACGCCAGCCGGAGUCAGUGGUCGGAGGAAGAGAUUAUAAAGAACUUCCUAUUUAAUGUGGACCCAAGUCUCGGUAGGGAAGUUAAGGAAGCUCGACCGAAGGAUGGGAAAUGGACUACGUACAAGAAGAACCUCGUUGAGAUUUACAAAUUGGAGGACAACAAGUAUUCCAUCAAGGACCUUGAAACAAUGACUCAAGAUGAAGAUGARAGCGUACGGGCAUUUGGGAUGCGUGUCCAGAAGAUCUCCGACGUGCUGAUGAAGAAGGGGAAGAACUCAGAGGUCGAGCGUUGUACUAUCUUCAUCGGACACUUAUCCAAAGGUAAGCAAAAGAGUAUACUUAGAGAUCUUCCGCGCGACAGGCUUGAUUUCCCAGAAGUCCUAAAGCUAGCGAUAAAGGCACAGACAGACGAUUACAAGGACUUGGUGUGGAGAGGGAUGAGGGGACGUGACUUCUCUCUCUACAAGGAGUAUGUCACGGAUAGAUGUCCUGAUUUCAAGGACUAUCCCUGGUCGGAGAAGAAUGAGGCCGUGGCUGAGGAAGUGAAGGAGAUACGGGACAUGGUGAAGGGAUUGACGAAACAGGUUACAGAGAUUGUGACCACUACUGAGGCCACGGCCUACCGGGGCAAACCUGGAGGGCCCUAUUCACUUCGCUGGGAUCGUAGGAACAACGAUUCCUGGAGGAGUGUGGAGGAUAGAAAUCCUCGGACGCUGACAAAUUAUCGUACGAGGGGAAGAGAGAGAGACGAUGAGCCAUGGCGACGUAGGGAUGAUGAGAUAGACCGAGACCGCAGAGAUCGCGAGCCGUUUGCGCGCGAAGCCCUCGCUAUGAGGCCGAUCGGGGUAGAGGCGACUCCCGCGGCCGAUGGGGGACAGAUCAGGGCCGACGAGAUGGAUAUAGGGACAACAGAUACGAGAGAUUGGACCGAGAUGGAUAUAGGGACGACAGAUACGAGAGAUCGGACCGAGAUGGAUAUAGGGAUGACAGAUACGAGAGAUCGGACCGAGACGGAUAUAGGGACGACAGAUACGAGAGAUCGGACCGAGAUGGAUAUAGGGACGACAGAUACGAGAGAUCGGACCGAGACGGAUAUAGAGACGACAGAUACGAGAGGUCGGGUCGAGAUGGCAACAGAGGUGGUAGGUAUGAAAGAGGAGAUCGGGACUGGGAACGACGAGAUGGGUCGCGCGGACGGUUUGAGCGCGGGGGAGAUGCGAGAGCGCAGCGCGACGAGUCGCGUGGGUGGUACAACCGAGGGGACCGACGCGAUGAGUCACGAGGGCGAUAUGACUCGGGGGACCGCCGUAAUGAUUCGCGAGGGCGGUAUGAGCAAGGAGGGUCUGGAGGAGACCGCCGCAACGAUUCGCACGUGCUCUAUUCUGGAGUACCUGGCGGCAUCGAAGCCGGCUCGUGAUGAGUUACAGAUGAUCACGCGGAAGACUCGCAUACCUCUAUCGGAGGAGGGUCAGGGGGCCCCUAAGGCGGAAGCUUCUACAGUAGCAGUAACGGGGGUGACUGCCAGAGCGGAUCGCAUGGCGAUAGUCCUUCUCGAUGGAAUGGAAGGUGUGUCUCCAGACAAGUUUUAUAUACUUUGUAGCGGGGCCGCGGAGACGAUUAUAAACGAUGGAGCGGUACUCGAUGCUGUGAUCGAUAACGGCAGUGAGGCUGUCAUCAUAGACAAGGACCUGGCAGUACAGUUUGGACUGGGCCUCGAUAGGUCAUACCUAUUCGAGAUAGAGACGGUUGAUGGGAGAAAGCAACAAAUCACUGGGGUUUAUCACAAGGCAGCCAUAGAGGUCCAAGGGGUACGAGUGACCCUACCUGUCUUUGCAGUCAAGAACUGGAGCUCCGACCUGCUCUUGGGUCGAACGUGGCUGAGCCACGUGCAUGCAGUGACGAUAGAGCGACCUGAUGGGAGCGAAACAUUGUCCAUUAAGAAGCCAGACGGGACGCGGGUUAUGAUUGAGACAGUGGAGCCUCGGAACCCGAGGAACAGAGCAGCUCUCGCUGUGGGUGCGAGACCCAGUGAUCAGAUUAAGUCGUUACCUAUCUCCGGCCGCGCGGUGCGAUUUCGCGAGAAGAAAUAUGGACCACUGCUCACAGAGGAAGAAGGUCGGAUCGUGGAGGUGGAAGAUUUAGGGAGUCGGCUAAUAGUGGACGGCAACUCGUACCCAAGGGAAAAAGAUGAGGAAUUUGGCGGUGUGGUAUCCGUGUCUUUUUUAAGGGCACGGCCCCCUAUGGGGGGCUACCCAAGCGACACAAGCGAGUAGCUCAAAAAGUUAAGCCAGCGGCGGUGGGCCGCGAGCGAUCUGCACAGGAAGGGAUAUCGGAAGAAGAGAUCGCGAAAGAAAUCAAAGAAAGAAAGAGAA